AUGUCUGCCAUUCGCAUGCACAGGCAUGCAUGCUCAGCCUCUCGCCUCGUGGCUAGGACUUCAGCCCAGAGGCGAACGGUGCCGUUCCUGGGUCCUAGCUAUGCUCGUCUUGCGUCUACCCAAGUACCCAAGCUCAAAGACCCCUCCCUCUUCAAGCAAAACGUCUGCUAUGUCAACGGCGCCUUUGUCCCCGCCAAGUCGGGUGCGACCUUUGCCGUGGCUGACCCGACGACGGGCGAGCACAUUGGCAUUGCCCCCGAGUUCGACGCUGCAGAUACCGAGGCCGCCAUCGCCGCUGCUGAGAAUGCAUUCAAGACCUAUCGACUGACCACGGGCCGCGAGCGCUCCAAGCUGCUGCGGAGGUGGUAUGACCUCAUGGUAGCCAACGCCGACGACCUCGCGACUCUUAUCACGUGGGAAAACGGCAAGACAAUCGCCGACGCAAAGGGCGAAGUCACCUAUGCAGCAAACUUUUUCGAGUGGUUCAGCGAGGAGGCGCCUCGCGUGUACGGGGACACCAUACAGCCAACCCUGGCGACUAACAGGGUCGUCACGAGGAAGGAGCCCGUUGGGGUUUGUUCGCUAAUCACGCCAUGGAACUUCCCCGCCGCCAUGGGCACACGCAAGAUCGGUCCGGCCCUCGCAGCCGGCUGCACCGUUGUCUGCAAAGCACCCGCCGAAACGCCAUUCACAUCGCUGGCGCUCGCUGAGUUGGCCCACCGCGCCGGUGUGCCUGCAGGCGUCGUCAACUUUGUGACAUCACACUCCAACACUAAGACCGUCGGCGAGGUGCUCUGCACGCACCCGGCGGUGCGCAAGAUCAGCUUCACUGGCUCAACUGGCGUCGGCAAGACGCUCAUGAAACAAGCAGCCGGGACUCUGAAGAAGUGCUCAUUCGAGCUCGGCGGUAACGCGCCGUUCAUCGUAUUUGACGACGCUGACCUCGACGCUGCCGUAGACGGCGCCAUCGCAUGCAAGUUCAGGUCGAGCGGGCAGACGUGCGUCUGUGCCAACAGGAUCUAUGUGCAGCGCGGCAUCUACGACGCCUUUGCCGAAAGGCUUGCCAAGAAGGUCAAGGAAACGUUCAAGCUCGGGAGCGGGUUCGACCCCGAAACUACGCACGGCCCACUGAUACACGAUAGGGCCGUGUCCAAGGUUGCCUCGCAGGUCGAGGAUGCGGUGGGUAAGGGCGCUAAACUUCUGGCCGGCGGCAAGCGGCUGCCCGAUCUGGGCCCGCACUUUUUCGCUCCCACGGUGCUGGGCGAUAUGACGCCGGAAAUGUCGAUUGCGCGAGAGGAGACAUUUGGCCCGAUCGCUGGUCUGUUCAAAUUCGACACGGAGGCCGAGGUGGUGAGGAUGGCCAACGACACCGAGGUUGGCCUGGCGGGUUACUUCUUCUCAAAAGACAUUCAUCGGGCGUACAGGGUGGCCGAAGCUCUCGAGGUGGGCAUGGUGGGCGUCAACACGGGCAUCAUCAGCGACGUGGCGAGCCCCUUUGGUGGCGUCAAGGAGAGCGGAUUCGGCAGGGAGGGCAGCAUGUAUGGCAUUCAUGAGUACCAGGUCACCAAGACCAUUACUUUUGGUGGUAUGGGGAAGGAUCUGCAGGAAUGA